AAGAUGAAUAUUCUGCUGUGAAUUCAUUCUAAUUUUUCUAAUAUGGUAUAAGAGCCAUCAUUCGAUCAAACGAUUGAAUGAAUCACAGCAUUCAUCAUCUACCAUAAAAAAAUGUCUGAUCAAACACCGGAGAGCUCCACCUACACAGGGGAGACUGAUCCGAUGAAACAGCCCGUCAAUCCUGCACAAAUUUUGGAAAUUCUCCAAAAUUUCAAGAGUUUAGCACCCAAGGCCGAACUUACCGAGAGCUCCUCAAAUCAACCGUUAAAUUUGGCGGAAAAGCUCAACGAUAAGAACUACGCCAUUUAGGCGCGCAAGAUGAGCUUGGCUCUUGACGGGAGAGGUCGGCUCAAGCACAUCACUGCCGUACCUCUCAAAACCGAUGAUCCCAAAUAUAUCAAGUGGAGGCAAACAGAUUCAACGGUGAUAACUUGGAUACUAGAAAACAUAGAGUCGGAUAUUGUAAACCAAUACAUCGAAUAUCCAACUGCGUGGGAUUUGUGGAAGGGAAUCGAAGCCACGUACGGCUCCGAAAAGGAUCCCUUGCAAAUCUACGACUUAAUGGUCAAGGCCAGUGAAAUCAAACAAGGAGCACAGUCCUUGGAAAAAGUGUUUAGCCAGCUUCAAGCUGUCUGGAAAGAAAUCGACAGACACCGACCCAACCCAAUGAAAUGCCGAGAGGAUAUGACGAUUUUCACACAAAUUCAACAACAAAAUCGUCUAUAUCAAUUCCAAGAGGCUGUAAAUAAGGAAUUUGAUGCCGAAAAACAGGACAUACUCAAAACCGAGCCUCUUCCAUCAGUGGAAGAAGCAUAUGUCCAAAUACGAAGAGAAGCAGCAAGAAAGGGGAUUAUGAAAGGGGAAGGGGGGGACCAUCAUCCGGAGAAUCUCCCUCAGGAAUUGGAAGAAUCGGUGGUGGCCUAGCUGCCACACGCACGGCGGUGCGAUCGGAAAAUCACCAAUCGUCAUCUCGGACAUAUGAAGAUAAAUCAAAGUUAAGAUGUACC